AUGAAGCUGCUGACUAGAAUGAUUGAACUUCGCUCUGAGGGCGCGAGGGCGGGCUAUAUAUACCAAAAGGCGCCUAUUCGACAGGUCGAUCCGUUACAGCAGAAGAGAAGUAAGGUAGUCAAUCCUAUACUGAUUGUGGGGCCAAAAUAUCUAGACAAGUAUACACCAAGUCAGGCGGACUGCACGUCCUCUGCGGCAUUUGUUAUGUGGCCAAUAUGGCGUGCCAUCGUGGCCGCCUAA